AUAAUAGGAUGGACACAAUUAGUAAACAAGAAAUGCAUGCAGGUCAUUUGAUCAGAUUACAAAGUGUAUUAAAAGAUAACCUGGUCAAUUCAAGUAGUCCAGCGUUCUAAUCUAGCUUUCCUGGUUAAUCCUCUUAUAUCAGGAGAAUGGACAGUGCAAGAAAAGAGGUACUAAAAUACAAAAUGGGUCUGACCAUUUUAUGAUGAUCAGCUCAAGGUAUCCAAAUUCUUCGUUUGAAAAAUAGUUACAAAAAGCAUUCUGAUGAUUUCUCCUAAACUGUAUUGACACAACAUUAUAUGCCAUGUGAAUGAUUUCAUCAACACUAAAAUAAGCGGUUGUUUUGUAGUUUAAUUUUAAAAUGUUGGGAAAUUUCUCUAAAACACAAAUAAGGGUCUAUUCUGCAACUCAGAUUAGAAAACAAAUAUUUGGGGCAUAUUUCACUUUUACAAACAAUGUUUUUGUCAUCCUUCCUUCCAUGAUUUAAAAUGUUUAAAUAAACAGAUUCUAAAGCUUAUCAAUUUGUUUUAUCUAAUGCAUGUGCUUGAAUGGUUUUGGUUAAUCUUCUUGUGAAGGUCUGUUUGUCAACAUUGAGCUGCUGGGUGUCUGUGUGUGUGUGCUGGUCUGUUCUGAUCGAGAGAAAAGCCUCUCUUCGUUGAACUCCGCUAUAUAAAGGCAGAACUUUCUCAUGAUCCUGAGACUUGCAGCAGCAGCCUUCAGUGUUACCACAGCGAGAUGUUGAACAUCAGUGAGCGGUCUCUGCAGCUCAUGCCCUCCAGGGCCUCGGACCAUCUGCUGCAGCCAUUCUGGGAUUAUUUGCUUUUUCACCACCUGCCUCUCAUCUCAUCUCCUUUUUUCCCCAUCCUACUCGCCUUCUCCAGCUAUUUCUUCUUCAGUAUACCUUUUGCUGCACUAGACCUCUUGGGAGAAAGAGUGCCUUUAGUCUAUCAGUACAAGAUCCAACCAGACAAGCAGCCAACAGUGAGAAUGAUGGUUAAGAGCUUCACGACAGUGCUGUAUAACCACACAUUCUUUGUUCUGCCAACUGUAAUAAUUGGCAUGUUCAUACUGCCUACACCAACACUGCCACAGGAUGCUCCUACUCUAUAUGAGGUAUUCAUUGAUGGACUGGCUGUACUUCUCCUCUUUGACACUCAGUACUAUAUUUGGCAUUUCAUACAUCACAAGCAUCCACAGCUCUACCGGUGGAUCCAUGCAAUCCACCAUGAAUACAUGGCACCUUUCUCUUGGUUGACAGAGCAGGUCAGCAUUCCUGAGCUGAUUACUGUUGGACUCUGGAGCAACCAGGACCCAAUUCUUUUAAAGUGCCACCCAUUGACCACAUGGUGCGUCACAGUUUUCAGUAUCUGGAUGUCUGUGGAGGACCACACAGGCUAUGACCUGCCGUGGACCCUCAACCACCUGGUGCCUUUUGGUCUGCUGGGUGGUGCACCGGCUCAUGACAUGCACCACCAGAAGCCGAGCAGUAACUACGCUCCUUUCUUCAGCCACUGGGACAGAAUCUUUGGCACUGCCGUUCCUCUGAAGAAAAAAACUAUGAGAACAUAAGUGAAUAAAAAAACAAGUGAAUGCUAAAUGUUUUUUAGCACUAUCACAUUGUUUCCCUUUGUGAAAUUCAUAAUUUAUCUUGUCUUUAAUUACUAUUAAUUUUAUACCACUUGCCGCCUCCUUGAUGCUCCUCUUUUUUUCUGAGAGGCUGCUUUCUCAAUGGACUGACCUUGUGAAAUACAAUUAUAAAAUGUGUUGAAAAGUGUAUUUUCAUUCAAUAAAAUCAUGUUUACAUAUUCUCCCACUAUUGUUUCUAUUGGUGUUAUAUGGAAUAAGUCAGAAAUGUUGACAUAUUCAAUACAUUUUUCUCAAUACAUUGUGUACAUAAUCACACUUUAUUCAAGUCAUUCCAGUGAAGUAAUCAACAGUAAUUAGUUAUAUUUGCAAGCAAAGCAAGUACAAAUUCCUGUAAACAACUUCCUGUUCUUGCUUUUCUCACAAUCUUCUUACAUAAUACAAAAUCUUUGAAGGCGCUUUAGUCAGCAAUAUUUUGCUUACAAAUUCCACGAAGAAACAGGGAGCUUUUGAACAAGAAAGCUAAGUACUGUUUGUUUUUCUUGUCACCAAGAGGUCAAGUACAACGCAAGGGGAAUUAAUGUUAACUUGUACUUGAGAAAGUGCUGAGCUUUGACUGGAAAGUGUUCCAGACUGACUUUGUUUGUAUAUAAUAUGUAAG